GCGAGAAGCAGGUGUCGCCGCUUGGCUGGGCAGCAGAGCGCCGAGACGGAGGAAGCUGAUGCAACCCCGCCAAGCCGGUCGUCCCCUGGCUCUUGUGGGUUGGUGAGCACCUGCUGGCACCAUGGGGCUUGAGCUGACACCACAGGAGAAGUAUCAUCUGAUCACCCGGAAUUUGCAGGAGGUUCUUGGAGAGGAUAAGCUGAAGGCCAUCUUGAAGGAGCGUGAGCUGAAGAUCUAUUGGGGCACAGCCACAACGGGGAAGCCUCACAUAGCUUACUUUGUGCCUAUGUCCAAGAUUGCAGACUUUCUCAAAGCUGGAUGUGAGGUGACGAUCCUAUUUGCUGAUCUCCAUGCCUACCUGGACAACAUGAAGGCCCCCUGGGAGCUUCUGGAGCUGCGUACCCAGUAUUAUGAGAGCGUGAUCAAGGCUAUGCUGGAGAGCAUUGGAGUGCCUCUCGAGAAGCUCCGAUUCGUCCGUGGGACUGACUAUCAGCUCAGCAAGGAGUACACGCUGGAUGUUUACCGUCUGUCCUCUGUUGUCACCCAGCAUGAUGCUAAGAAAGCAGGUGCAGAGGUGGUGAAGCAAGUGGAGCAUCCGCUACUAAGUGGCCUCCUCUAUCCAGGCCUGCAGGCACUGGACGAAGAGUACUUGAAAGUUGACGCACAGUUUGGAGGAGUGGACCAGAGAAAAAUUUUCACCUUUGCGGAAAAGUGCCUUCCUUCCCUGAGCUAUGCCAAACGCAUCCAUCUGAUGAAUCCCAUGGUGCCCGGGCUGACUGGCAGCAAGAUGAGCUCUUCAGAGGAGGAGUCCAAGAUAGAUCUGCUGGAUCGUAAGGAGGAUGUGAAGAAGAAGCUGAAGAAAGCUUUUUGUGAGCCAGGGAAUGUGGAAAACAAUGGCGUCUUGUCCUUCAUCAAGCACGUGCUUUUCCCACUUAGAUCAGAGUUUGUAAUCCUGAGAGAUGAGAAGUGGGGAGGAAACAAAACCUACAUCAGCUAUGGGGAGCUAGAGAAGGACUUUGCUGAUGAGGUUGUCCACCCUGGAGACUUGAAGACCUCGGUUGAAGUGGCCCUGAACAAGCUCCUGGACCCCAUCAGGGAAAAGUUCAGCAGUGCCCCAAUGAAAAAACUGGCCAGCUCCGCAUACCCUGAUCCCUCCAAAGCUAAGUCUGUUGUCAAGGGCCCUGCAAAGAACUCUGAUCCUGAGGAGGUGGUGCCUUCCCGGGUGGACCUGCGCGUGGGCAAAGUGCUCUCUGUGGAGAAGCAUCCUGACGCAGAUGCCCUGUAUGUAGAGAAGAUUGACGUAGGGGAGCCUGAACCGCGGACUGUGGUCAGCGGCCUGGUGGAAUUCGUGCCCAGAGAAGAGCUGCAGGACAGGCUGGUGGUGGUGCUGUGUAACUUGAAGCCCCAGAAGAUGAGAGGCGUGGAAUCCCAGGCCAUGCUGCUCUGCGCAUGCAGCAAUGGGGUGCCUUCCCAUAUAGAGCCCCUAGAUCCCCCAGUGGGCUCCUGCCCUGGGGAGCGUGUGUUUGUGGAGGGCUAUGAGAAUGGCCAGCCGGAUGAUGAGCUAAAGCCCAAGAAGAAGGUCUUUGAGAAGCUACAGGCUGACUUCCAGAUCUCUAAGGACUGCACAGCCCAAUGGAAGGGGAAGAACUUCAUGACCAAACUGGGGAACAUUUCAUGCAAAACCUUGACGUGUGGCAGCAUCCGCUAAGACUCUCCGGCUUCUCCAUUCAUGUGUUCCCUGCCUCCUGCUGUCCAUCGACCACUGUGUCCAUUGAAUGAUCAAGUUACUGUCCAUCCAUCACCCUCAGCUCUUUCCUGGUGUUCCCAAUCCAGGGGAACUUUGCCAAGCCACGUUAGAACUAUGGAAAUUUACACCUUUGUGGACAGAAACCGGGGAGGGGGUGGGGUGCAUAGAGAGAACCCUGUUAAACAUAUGUAUGCCUGAGAAAGAUGCUGUUGCUUUAUUUUCUGGACUGAAGGAACAAAGGGAAAUACCCUCCUUUAAAAUAUGCUAGGAAUGGUUUGGGGCAGGGGGAGUGGAGAAGGAAGGAGGGGAAAACUGUGUGCCCUUGAGUGAGAAAGCCGCAGCUGGAGAGGAGCUGUGUGGUCAUCUGUGUUCAUUUGUGCUUCAGCCAGGCUAUCAAACAUCCACUCCCUCUCUCUUUAAACUGCUGCUUCUGCCCAGCUUGGACACAGGCAGGCAAAUUAGGGACAGAUAAAUCUCCCUUUAGCAAUGGUUAGAAUUCUCCAUGAUAAAAUGCCAAAUUCUAAGUAAUUUAUUAUUAACAUCAAAUCAAAUGCCAUGCUGCAACCUCUUGUAUUUUAGUGGAGCCAAGCUUGGUUUAAUAGGGCUUGUUGCCUUCUGGCUUAAGUAGUUUCCAAGAGAGUGGGUAGACCUUUCUAUUCGGACCAACCCAAAAUAUCUUCCAAAACAGUGAGCAGUCUUCUGAAUUUGCAGAACUCUUAGGUUCAGAACAAAGGGAAGAGAGCAGGGAGAGGAAAAAAUGGUGUUUCUGGAUAUGGCAAAGAAGUUUGCAGUUCAUAGGUCUUGAAGUGGAAUGCAGAAUGUGCUGUAAAAUUAUGCCCUGUAAUGUAACCGUGGUGGGGACCUGAUCUGGAUCAGUGCCACGAUGCUGGGGAAUGGAAAGUUAAUUACUCCCUCCUUGUGCUGGAAAUGAUUUGUCUCCCCCCCCCCCCAAUACCCAGGCAGGCUGAUUUAAGCACCCCAGUAGGAAAAGAUAAGUCUGCCUUCUCAUUGGGGAAAUGGCACUGGCAUUUGAGGCAGGGAGUACCCUUCUCUGUGGCUAUGGUCCUUGUCCAGAUCUUUCUCCCAUCCACUCCUACCCCACUUUUUAAAGUCUGGAUUCUCCAUGUGGUGUUCAUUAUAGAAGCAUGGUAUUACCUGUUGUGCGGACUGCAAGUUUCAACAAGUACUCUAGAGGAUGGCAGAAAAGCAGCUUCCACCACCCUGAGUCCCAUUUAAAGAUCAUCCUCCUAUGAGUUGAAGAAUUCCUCUCCGACCGCUAAAUUCAGGUAUUCCCAAAAGAGAUAAAAUUGGCAGGUAGCCAUCUUGAGUGUUGCUUGUUCAGACACAGGAAAAUGUCUUCCCAAAGUGAAAAGUGCUUGUAAUUAUUUCUAUAAAUGUGGUCCCAUAGCAAACGAGACAAACAUUAAAACACUGACGUUAACAAAGCCGUUUGGGUGACUGUAUCUUACAAGAAGACCUAACACAAGAUGGCUUGACUCAUGACUCAAUAAAAGAAGACAUGCCCACCAGGUUGCAA